UAAUUACGCCGUUUAGCAAUAAAGACAAAUGUGAAGUCAAAUCCUCCAAAACUCCAUUCGAUUUGGUUGGGUUUCGUCUUCAUCAUUGGGUAAUCAAUCAAUCAAUCAAUCACUCUAUCUGCAGCAGAAAGAGGAGGGACGGACGGAGGAGCAUAAAUUCUGUAGGUUUGAUUAUUGUCGUUGAUAAUUGAUCGGAGUUUGGCUCAGUCUGAAUCCUGUUCGUAACCGGAAUUCUUUGUCGGCCGGCCGGAGGUCGGUUCCUUGGAGCUUCGGAAGAAAUUCUGCGCCGGAUUGGGGGUUUAGGGUUCGAUUUUGUGAUUGGGGAUUAGUGGAUUUGAUUGUGGUGGAUCUGAGCCGUUGGAUUUGGCGAAUGCAGCAGCAGGAGCUCAGAUCCCUCGGUUUCCUCCUCUCGCUCGAUUCCUGGAGUCGAUUCUAGCGGAGAUCCGUUCGCGACUGCAUUUGUCGAUUGCGGAAUUCGAUUUUUUUUGGAGUUGAUUCGGUAGGCGAUGUCAGCGAUGAAACCCUCGAGCCGAUUGUUCACGAUCGGGCUAGUGGCGUCGUGGUAUUCAUCGAACAUUGGGGUUUUGCUUCUGAACAAGUAUUUGCUGAGCAACUACGGGUUCAAGUACCCGAUUUUUCUGACGAUGUGCCACAUGACGGCAUGUUCGUUGCUGAGCUACAUCGCGAUCACGUGGAUGAAGAUGGUGCCGAUGCAGACGAUAAGAUCUAGGGUUCAGUUCAUGAAGAUUUCAGCUCUGAGCAUGAUAUUCUGCGCCUCCGUCGUCAGCGGCAACAUUUCGCUCAAGUAUUUGCCUGUCAGCUUCAAUCAGGCGAUCGGCGCCACCACUCCUUUUUUCACUGCAGUGUUUGCCUACUUGAUGACCUUCAAGAGGGAGGCAUGGUUGACCUAUGUGACCUUGAUUCCUGUUGUUACUGGAGUCGUCAUUGCCAGUGGGGGCGAGCCUAGUUUCCAUUUAUUUGGAUUUAUCAUGUGUGUCGGUGCAACAGCAGCAAGAGCUCUCAAAUCGGUGGUUCAGGGUAUUUUGCUUUCUUCGGAGGGGGAAAAAUUGAAUUCUAUGAACCUACUUCUUUAUAUGGCUCCCAUUGCCGUAGUACUUCUACUACCUGCAACACUUUUGAUGGAAGAAAAUGUUGUCGGUAUCACAUUGGCUUUGGCAAGAGAAGACACAAGGAUUAUUUGGCUGCUGCUUUUCAACUCUGCGCUUGCGUAUUUCGUAAAUCUGACCAAUUUUUUGGUCACAAAGCACACCAGUGCCCUGACUCUCCAGGUUUUAGGGAACGCAAAAGGCGCUGUAGCUGUGGUGGUUUCAAUAUUGAUUUUCCGGAACCCUGUCUCGGUUACGGGAAUGCUUGGAUAUAGUUUAACAGUUCUUGGUGUCAUCCUCUACAGCGAAGCCAAGAAGCGAAGUAAGUGAGGCCAUGGACCAAUGUUCGAUUGAUUCAUAUAUAUAUAUAAAUACGUAAUGAAGGUAAAAUUCAUCGAUUGUACGUUUUAAGGAUUUUUUUUGUUCCAUGAGACUUAAUUUUGGCCUGUCCAGAAGCCAAGAAACUAAGGCUUCAACCUGUACCAGUAAAGCAACACUUGAUUAGCAAACUUAGUAGGGAUUUUAACUACAUUCUGUUAUUGAACUACAAAAGUGGAAGUUCUUUUGUUUAUCAUCACCAUAUUCAUUCACCAAUCACUCAAAAACAUCCCCAGUUUGUAUCCCAUCUUAUUAUAAUUAUUUUUUGCUUUGUGUUUUUUCUACUAGUGAAAGCCAUCAUCUUUCUUCA